AUGUCCUUUCGUAAUCGAGAGAAAUCAAGACAUACUUCUGGAAUGAUGAAAGAAGAUUUAGAUCUAAAGGAUAUCAAUGAACCUGAAGAAAUAGGUCUAGAUCAAAAAAUGGAUUGGCUAUUAAGCAAAUAAAAAUAUCACUUUAAACGUGAGAUUUCUUACAAAAGACAACAUAUUCUUAAUCUUAUCACUGAACAAUAAUCAUCAACCACUAAACCUACUCAACCAACUUAAUAAUAAUCGUCUAUAUCUAAUAAUACAUCUUCAUUAUAGGAUGCCAUACCAAAAAUAUUACUUGAUUAAGGAGACACAAAAAAUGAACACCAAUAUACAUAAUCUAAGUUCUCUAAUUUGAAUAAAGAAUCUCUUUCCCCUUCUGUACCAAAUAGAUUCACUUCAAAAAAAAGAUCUUAGUUUUCAUAUUAUUCUAAUGAUUCUUACAAUUCUAAUUUGGAGUUACAUCUUGGUCAAAAAUAAGAUUCUAAUAAUCAACUUUCAGAAACAAGAAAAGAAAGGUCUAAAAUAGUAAGUAAUACAAUGAAUCAAUAUAAUCAGCAAUACAUAUUAAGAUAAUCAAGAAACAAAAUCAUUAAUUAAAUUAAAAGAAACAAUCCUUAAUCCUCUUUGUUACAAUUAGAAUUAUCAGAUAAAUCAUAAUCUUAAAGUUCAAUCACAACUCCAAAAAGCAUAUUGAAAAAUCCUUCAUCCCUUAAUUCAAGUAGACAGAGUUUUUGCAGUCUGUAACUAGGUAGUUAAUUAAAUACACAUUCACCUUCUAAAAAACGCAAAGUUAAGUUCUGUUUGACAAAACAAUAGGCAAGAAGAGAAAAUAUUCCAUGUUGA